GUUCCUUCCUUGAGGGUGACUGGGAUCGAGAUCGAGGCUCCAGAGGAGACGUCAGCGCCUUCCUAUGUCAACGGGCCGCAUGCCACACAGACCAAAUGGAAGGCAAGAAUUCCAGAAGUGUCCAAGCACUGGCAUUUCUUCAACUCGACCCGCACCUUAACAUCACAUCCUUUCGCUUCUUCUCUUUUCUUCGUCGUCCACCUCUGCGUUGAAGUUAUCUCUCCUUUCUCCACAAGCUACACUCCGAACGUCUGGGUAGAAAUGACAAACAGCCAGGACAAGCAGGACGUGCUCCGUUCCAUCAAGACUUUUUUGCGCCAGUACAAAGAACGUCGCCGUCAAGGUUCACGAUGCUCGAACUUAUCUAUGAAGUGCAACAAGCGAGGGCAUAAGAAGGCCCAGUGCCCCAUGCUGAAAAACAACACUGGCGGCCAAACGUUGUCAACAAUGCCUCUUGGAAUGGAUAAACCGCAAACCGGUGACACCAAAGCCGAACUUGUCCUGGUCACAGCUGGACCAGCGAUA